UUUAAAGAUGUGGAGAAAACUCCUAUUUCACUCUCUUGUAACCGCAGCAGUAAAUGCCUAUAUUUGCUACCGAGAUUCCUUCAUUGUACAACACAAAAUGGAUCAUCUGAAGUUUCACCAGCAGCUUUGCCAAGAACUUAUUGGAGGGUUUCGACAGGGUAGUAGGAACAGACAGCUGCGUUUGAUACCAGUCCAACACAGAACCUUGGCAAGAUUGUCCGAGAGACACUUUCCGUCCAAAAUACCAGAUGGUAAGCGUAAGAGAUGUGCUGUUUGUGCAGGACAUGGAGGCGAAUUCAGGAAGACAAGAAUUCAGUGGUGGUGUGAGGACUGCAGGGUCGGACUCUGUGUAGAGGGAUGCUUUAGGAAAUUUCACACGAGGAUCAAUUUUGAGGCGUAGUUGGAACACACAUAUAACAAACGAUUACUCUACUCACUAUGAAACUACCUUGCAUUUAAUCUAAUUAUGGUGUGUGUGUUUGACAGAGAGAGAGAGCGGGAUUUAUUUAUUACCUAUAUUUAUAUUCUUAUUACAGAUAAAUUCGAACCUAUUUAUAGCAGGGCUUGCGUCUGUUAUAAUGAUGCCUUAACUAAAACGAAUGGGACUAGGAGCUACAUCUUUUUAUGUUCGUAAAAAUUAGAGAGUACGAGUAUUAUAGCAAUUUAGCUAAACACAUUGAUUAAC